AUGAGUGGACAGGCUGCUAAUUACUACGACCCGAAUCGCGGCUACGAGGAGGGUCAGUACAGCAAUUCUCAGUACAAUAACCCAAAUGAUAUUUACCAGCAAAACGACAAUUACCAGCAAGCUUCAGAGCCUAAGCCUCCCCCAUACCCUGAUGAUGUUGCACCUAAUGUUGCACCGCCGCAUGGUGGUUACAGCGAUCCUCCUCCCAGUUAUGAGGAGGUUUUCAAGGUAGACCGGCCAAAGUACAAUGAUCUUUGGGCAGGUCUUUUGCUCAUCGCGGUAUUCCUUGGCUAUGCCGCUAUAUCGGGUUUGACAAUCCACAAGUAUGCGACCCAUAAAGGGUUCAGUGGCGGUGGCAUUUACGACUCCGGAAACGAUUUCUCCUUGAACACAAACACACUCAUAUUAUUCGUAUUUGUCCUUUGCGUUGCCCUCGUCCUCUCCUGGCUGUAUUUCCUCGGCGCGCGAUACUUUACUAAGACCUUCAUCUGGGUCACGGGCAUCCUGAAUAUUGUGUUUGCAUUGGCCACUGGAAUCUACUACAUUGCCAAAAAGCAAUAUGGUGGUGGAAUUGUAUUCCUGAUCUUCGGGGUCUUCGCUAUCCUGUGCUUUAUCAGCUGGAUUCCACGUAUCCCAUUCACAGCUUUCAUGUUGCAGACCACGAUGGAUGUUGCCCGUGGCUAUGGACAUGUCUUCUUGGUCAGCGCGAUUGGUGGGAUUGUCGCCAUGGCCUUUUCGGCCUGGUUCUCCGUCACUCUGGUUGCGAUAUACGUCGCCUACGAGCCGGACUCCACUGGUGUGAACCCAUCCUGUCAGAAUGGCGGUUGUAGCUCCGCAAAGGUCAUUGGACUGAUUGUAUACGUAACCUUCGCCAUGUACUGGUUUAGCGAAUGGCUCAAAAACACAAUACACACAACUAUCGCCGGCGUCUAUGGCUCCUGGUACUUUUACAGCAAGUCACCAGGUGGCAUGCCCCGAGGCGCAACCCGCGGCGCAUUCCGCCGUGCAACAACCUAUUCCUUCGGUAGUAUCAGUUUCGGCAGCUUGAUUAUCGCAAUCAUCCAGAUGCUGCGCCAGGCAUGCUCAAUCGCACAGCGCAACGAGGCCGCGCAGGGAAGUAUGUUCGGCAGCAUCAUGUUCUGGAUUCUGGGUUGUUUCAUCUCAAUGCUCGACUGGCUCGUAACACUUUUCAACCGCUACGCAUUCUGCCAUAUUGCACUCUAUGGCAAGGCCUAUAUUCCUGCGGCGAAAGACACCUGGAAAAUGAUGCGUGAUCGCGGCGUCGAUGCCUUGGUCCAGGAUUGUCUGAUGGGUCCGGUGCUGACCAUGGGAUCUGUGUUCGUCUCCUACGUCUGUGCUCUGCUCUCUUACCUCUAUCUGCAAUACACGCACCCUGCAUACAACGCGGACGGUACUUUCACCCCUGUCAUCAUGGCGUUUUCGUUCUUGAUUGGUUUGCAGAUCUGCCAGAUCUUCAUGACGCCUAUUGGUAGUGGUGUUGAAACUAUCUUUGUUGCUAUGGGCUGGGAUCCUCAGGUUAUGAUCAAUGAUCACCCGGAAAUAUACUACAAGCUUGUGGAGCUGUACCCACGGGUGCAACAAGCAAUUCAUGCUUAA